CUUUUCUCUCUCUUUCUCUCCACCUCCUUCUGUCUGACUCUCCAGUAAACAGAGAACCAGGAAGACACUCCUACUCAUUUCAGAGAAAACGAAACUCACUUACACACACACUCUCUCUCUCUCUCUCUCUCUCUCUCUCUCUCUCAGUCUGUGAGAGCAGGAAAAUGGCAGAGGUCAGUAUUUUAGACCAGGAUCAGUUCAGCUGUUCAGUCUGUCUGGAUCUACUGAAGGAUCCAGUAGCUAUUCCCUGUGGACACAGUUACUGUAUGGUGUGUAUUAAUGGCUGCUGGGAUCAGGAGGAUCAGAGGGGGGUCUACAGCUGCCCCCAGUGCAGAGAGACGUUCAGUCCGAGGCCUGUUCUACGCAGAAACAACAUGCUGGCUGAAGUGGUGGAGAAACUGAAGAAGACAGAAGUCCGAGCUGCUUCUCCUGCUCACUGUUACGCUGGAGCUGGAGAUGUGGAGUGUGAUUUCUGUACUGGGAGAAAACUCAAAGCCACCAAGUCCUGUUUGGUGUGUCUGGCUUCUUUCUGUGAGACUCAUCUCCAACCUCACUAUCAGUCUCCUGCCUUUAAGAAGCACAAGCUGGUCAAAGCCUCCAAACAGCUGCAGGAGAAGAUCUGCUCUCAGCAUGAUAAACUGAUCGAGAUCUACUGUCGUACUGAUCAACAGUUUAUCUGUUAUUUAUGUACGAUGGAGGAACACAAAGGUCACGAUACAGUCUCAGCUAAAACAGAAAGAACACAGAAACAGAGUGAAGUGAAAGAUAUGCAGAAGAAAUUCCAGCAGAGAAUCCAGGAGAAACAGAAGAAGCUGCAGGAGGUGAAACAGGCUGUGAAAACUCUUAAGCUCUCUGCACAGUCAGCAGUGGAGGACAGUGAGAGGAUCUUUACUGAGCUGAUCCGCUCCAUUGAGAAAAAGCGCUCUGAGGUAACAGAGCUGAUCAGAGAUCAGGAGAAGACUGAACUGAGUGCAGCUGAAGAACUCCUGGAGCAGCUGGAGCAGGAGAUCACUGAUCUAAAGAGGAGAAACACUGAGCUGGAGCAGCUUUCACACACAGAGGAUCACAUCCACUUCCUCCAGAGAUUCCAGUCUGUGAGUGUCUCUUCUGGAGGUGAAGAUUCACCCAGCAUCACUGUCCAUCAUCAUCUCUCAUUUGAUGGAGUGAGGAAAUCUCUCUCUGAUCUGAAAGAGCGACUGGAGGAAUUCUGCAGGAAGGAAUUCAGUAAAAUCUCUCCACAGGUUUCAGCAGUUCAGAUGAUUUUACCCUCAGAACCAAAGAACAGAGGAGACUUUCUACAGUAUUUCUGUCGACUGACUCUGGAUCCAAACACAGUAAAUCAGUAUCUCAGUCUGACUGAGAACAACAAAGUGGUGAAGGGCAGUGAUAAAGUUCAGAGUUACUCUGAUCAUCCAGAGAGAUUUAAUUAUUGGUGGCAGGUGUUGAGUAAGGAGAGUGUGAGUGGACGCUGUUACUGGGAGGUUGAGUGGAGCAGUAUUGGGGGUUAUGAACUGUACAUAUCAGUAUCAUAUAAAGGGAUCAGCAGGAAAGGACUGGGUAAUGAAUGCAGGUUAGGACACAAUGAUCAGUCCUGGAGUCUGCAGUGUUCUUCCUCUCUCUCUUUCUGUCACAACAACACUGAGACUAAGAUCUCAGCUCCUCCAUCCUCCAGAAUAGGAGUGUAUGUGGAUCACAGUGCAGGAACUCUGUCCUUCUACAGCGUCUCUGAUACAAUGACCCUCCUACACACAGUCCACACCACAUUCACUCAGCCCCUCUACGCUGGAGUCUGGUUUUAUGAUUCUGGAUCUGUGAGAUUUUGUGAUCCACAAUAAAGUGAAAGUAGUUCAGAUGAUACAGAAAAGAAUUGUGUUAAGAAUAGAAAUGUGUGUUUAUUCUGGGACACUGUAGGGGGGGUGUUAGAAUGGGUUUAUAUGGAGGAGUUAGAGGUUAUAGGUGUUAUUUUGGUGGACUGGUGAUUUUUGACUGGUGAUGAUUUUUAGUUGAUUAUUUAGUUGAUCUGUAACUGAACACUUUCAUUUGUGUGGUUUAGUUUCAGGUCAGGAUCAGAUCUGUGACUGGGUUUAUGAUCAGAGUCGGGUAAUGAGUGAGUUAGACUGCAGAUUAGAUUUAGAUCUGGAUUUGAGUUGAUUUCAGAUUUAAUUCAGUUAAACUGUGUUAAUGUUUAUCUCUGCACUUGGUUUAUGUUCUGGUUUAUGUCUCUUUAAAUUUAUUUUUAUUUUCUUUAUUGUCUUUAAAACACAAUAAAUCUUCAGAAACCAAAAAAAUGUUGUCUAGAAAAAAUUAGAUACAAAAAAACAAGAUACAAGGUUUUGUUCUGACAGUGAUAUAAUGAAACAAUUGAACUAAAGAGUCUGACAGUAAAAAUCACAAACUCUUCGAUUAGAAAAUAAAAUUUAUAUUUUAUUUUUUAAGAAUAAAAAAGUUUAUGAGAU